AUGGGCGCCAUUCUCUUGUCUCUCUUGACGUCCAGCAUCUGGUUGUAUACUGCCUUUAACGAGUUCCUGCUGCUUGUGGGUGUUGUUGCGCCUCUAGACAUGCAGCAGCUCAUCACAUACGUGUGCUUGACCCACUCGGAAGUCGUUGAAGGCAUUGAUACGGUGCGAGUCUACCACUCGGGCCCGCGGCUGAUUGCUGAAGUGGACAUUGUCAUGGACCCGACGCGGACGCUCCAGGAGACGCACGAUGUGGCCGAAGAGCUGCAGUUCAAGCUAGAGAGUUUGCCCGACGUUGAGCGGGCCUACGUUCAUAUUGACUACGAGACCACUCACAAGCCCGAGCACGCCUACAAGAAGGACAUUUGA